CUCUCUUCUUCUUCACUCUCCUCCGCCGCCGCUGUACCUCGCCGUCGCGGAUCGAUCCCACAGCCGUCGCCGGGAUCUCCCACCGCCGUAUUUCCUCCGACCUUCUUUCUCGGAGCCCGGUCGCGCCACCGCAAACCGAGUGGAGGAUCAGCUCGAGCGCCGGCGCCGGCGCGGUAGGGAGGCCACGCGAAUCGGCGGCGACCAGAGAGGAUUAGGAGGAAGGCGGCGCGCGGCGGAGCGGGAGAAGGGAGCCGGCUGUGCUUCAGGCUGUAACCUCUGGGCUCACCUAAAUGCUGCGAUCCUCCUCGCCGCACACGCUAGACGGAGUCCUGUGGGCCAAGGCAGCCUCCUUGGCCGCCCUCCGCCAGUACUAUGCCCUCCCCAAGAAGGGCAAGCCGCAGGGAUGCGAGUCCACCGUCCUCGCCGCCUUCCUGCUCUCCUUCCCGCAGAACCCACUCAACCCAACCGUCCUCUCCCUGGCCACUGGCACGAAGUGCCUCGGCGCAGCACGCCUUGCACGCCGCGCGCUUCUCCGCCUCAUCUAUGCCGAGAUCGGUACGGACAACCCACCAAGUUGGCUGGUUGCAUCUGGCACUGAUGGGCGAUGGAGGCUGAAGGACGGGCAUCAGCUGCAUCUCUACAUCACGCAGCUCCCCUGUGGGGUCAUGCCGGUGCCGCCGUCACCCUUGGAGGUUCGAAGGGAACAACUAGAUACCAUGGCGAAUGGAUACAGUGAUGUUGGUUUCGUUCAAAGGAAGCCAGGGCGUGGUGAUACAACAUUGUUAGUGAGCUGUUUUGACAAAAUUACUCGCUGGUGUGCCGUUGGGAUUCAAGGUGCAUUGCUGUCACACAUUCUCGAACCCCUGUAUUUGUCCACCAUUACCAUUGGACAAUUACCUGGUGGUGCACCUGACGGGUUUUGUAUUGAAAGUAACGUUGUAAAAGUUCUUUGUGCUCGUCUGUCCUGUCUAUCCAGAAAAUUCCCUGACCCUUUCAAAACGAACAAGCCACUAUUUUUUGAGGCACCUAUUCCCCCUAAAGAGUUUCAACAGACUUCAGGAGAUAUACCGCCUUUGACUUGCGGGUAGUUAUAUGGUACUCAAUAUGCUGGAAUAAAUCCAGUUUCCAUGAAGUUGUUUUAGGAACAACUGGGAGAAAACAAGGUACAUCUUCAAAGGCAGCAUCCUCACCCUCCACUGAGUCAUUGCUCUGCAAG